CCCGACCGGGCAGCGUGCUAGACGACCCCCGGCUCGGACCGGCCAGCGGCCAGACGCCCGAAGGAACGGACAGCGGCCGGACCCGACCGGGCAGCGUGCCGGACGACCCUCGGACCGGACCUGGGCAGCCGCCCCCCGGACCGGACGGCCCCCGGGACCGGAUCGGCCAGUGUACUAGACGACCCCCGGACCGGGCGGCGGGCAGACGCCCCCGGGACCCGACGGGGGAGCGGGCGAGACGACCCUCGGACCGGGCGGCGGGCAGACGGCCCCAGGACCGGACCGGCCACCGGGCUAGACGAUCCCGGGACCGGCCGGGGGGAGCGUGUUAGACGGCUCCGGGACCGGACCGGGCAGCGGGGCGGACGCCCCCCGGGAGCGGAGCGGGCAGCGGGCUAGACGCCCCCAGGAGCGUCCAGGAGGCGGUGGUUGGAUGGGCGCGGCGUCCGGGAGGAGGAGGAGGAGGAGGAGGAGGCGGAUGGCGGGCGGCGGCGUGUCCGGAGGGCUGCCCGGAGGCCUGCCCGGAGGAGUCCCCAGCGUGGCCUCCACCUUCUGGGCCAUCGUCAUCCUGGCCAGCCUCCUCAUCGCCUACUGCAGCCAGCUGGCAGCCGGGACGUGCGAGAUCGUGACUCUGGACCGAGACAGCAGCCAGCCCCGGAGAACCAUCGCCCGCCAGACGGCCCGCUGCGCCUGUAAGAAGGGACAGAUCGCAGGGACCACGAGAGCCAGGCCGGCCUGCGUGGACGCACGAAUCAUAAAGACAAAACAGUGGUGCGAUAUGCUUCCAUGUUUAGAAGGAGAAGGCUGUGAUUUGUUAAUCAAUAAAUCAGGCUGGACCUGUACGCAGCCGGGGGGACGGAUAAAGACGACCACGGUCUCCUGACACACGCAGCAUCCAGGAAUUCCCAGAGGAGAGGGCUAGGGCUCCGUGCGGAUCCAGCGGACGACCACUCCCCAACCCCGUCCCCGGAGCGGGCCGUGCCACGUGCGGAAGGUCAUCCUCGACGGCCCGUUCCUCCGUCGCCCCUCCGCGAGCCCCCCCCAUCUCCCGCCC